AUGGAGAUAGGCGUGGAGAUAGGCGUAGGAGAUAUGCCAUGGAGGAGACGUUUCGGCGUUCCCUCGGAGAUCGUCACCGACAGGGGAAGACAAUUCGAGUCCGCCCUUUUUCACGCCCUCACGAAGCUCCUCGGCUGCUCGCGUCUCCGGACGACUUCCUACCAUCCUGCAACUAACGGCCUUGUAGAACGCUUCCACCGCACCCUGAAGGCCGCCCUCAUGUGCAUUGGAAACACAGCCGAAUGGGUUUCUUCGCUUCCGGUCGCGCUUCUAGGCAUCCGCACGGCCCUGCAUGCCGAACUCAAUUGUUCCCCCGCCGAAUUAGUCUAUGGCACCACGCUUCGCUUGCCGUCGGAGUUCUACGCUUCACAGACCACGCCUUCCCCAGGUGACUCGGCAGCCUACCUCGUUAAGCUGCAGCAAGCCUUCCGCUGCCUUCGACCUUCCCCGCCUCGCGAGCGGCACAACCAGUCUCCCUACGUCAGCCCCGACCUCAUGAACUCCUCCCACGUGUUCCUGCGGACCGACGCCGUACGCAGGUCUCUGCAACCGCCAUACACUGGGCCUCAUCCCGUUCUCUCGAGAACCCCCAAGACCUCGAUCAUCAGGGUCAACGGCAGAGAGGAGACUGUCUCUAACGACAGACUAAAGCCGGCCCAUGUUCUGAAUCCGGACCUUUCUGCUGAAGCCUUGGCGAGUUUCUCUCCACCCUCGCAUCCCCCAUCCAGCCCUUCACCCAAGACAGUCACUUGGAGACUAUAG